UAUGAAUUGAGGGAGUAUCUGAGUUAAUCUGCUGCAUCAUCAACGCGCGAUCCAUCACCGCGCGGUUAUCAACCAGAAUCAUACAUUGCUCCAUGCAUUAGAAUCCACAAUCAAGCCCCAGCUUGAAGACAAAAUGCAAUCAAACACCUUUUUUCCAGAGCAGGAACUUGUUACAAGUCCCCAAGCUCAAUCGCCCGCCCCAGCCCCAGCUCCACACACAUCAUCUCCUCGCCCCCCCAGAAAGCCAAGGAAACAGACCCUCAACCCCCUCCACCAUGGCAUCCAAGCCUUUAUCACUCAGCACCUCCCUGCAGAUACCCUAGCCAAGCACAACCUGACCCUCACCUCCCUUCCCAAACGCUUCACCAUCUACGAACCUCUCUUACUCCUCCCGGUGAACGCCUUCACCACUCCACCCGCCUGGCACUCCUUGUACGAAGAUCUCACCGCGACGCAGCGGCAAACCCUCUAUACCACCCUUCUCCAGUCCUUUGCCCGCUAUGGCCUCACCCACGUGGCCAUGAACGCGCCCAUUGCACUCACGGACCCCAACUCCGGGGCGGAGAACCGGAUCCGCAGCCCGGGAGGGUUGAUUCCCUUAUACGGGGACUUCGGGCCUCUACCGGAUGCCUCUGCGUCGCAGGGGCAGGGGGAAGGUGAAGCGGCGAUAGCAUGUCCGAGCGCCACAGACCUUGAGCAGGCGUUCUGGGUACGUACUGUCCAAAACCAUGGGAUCGUACAGAUCUGGGCGCCCUUGUAUACCAUGUUCUCGCGGGGCAAUAUUACUGAGAAAGCGCGGAUUCUGGGCAGUGAGUUUGAGGGGUUGGUUGAGGAGCAACUCGGGGAGAAGGUCUCGGAGAUCAGCGUGGUGGACAUGUAUGCUGGGAUUGGGUAUUUCGUGUACUCGUAUCUGAAGCGUGGGGUGAAGAGGGUGUGGGGGUUCGAGAUCAAUGGGUGGUCGGUGGAGGGGUUGCGGAGAGGGUGUAAAGAGAAUGGGUGGGGGUGUAAGGUGUUCCGCGUUGGAGAGGAUGGAUUGUUACUGGGGGGACAGUCACUAAAGGAAGUGGUGGAGGGUUUGACGGAGGAGGAUCGCGUGGUGGUGUUCCAUGGGGAUAAUCGAUUUGCGGCGGAGAUUCUGGGGGGAAUUAGGGAGUGUAUGGGAGCAGGGCAAUGGAGUAGGGUCAGGCACGUGAACUUGGGACUGCUGCCUUCAUCUUGCUUCGCGUAUGCGAAUGCCUGCAAGAUUGUGGACGCUGAGAAGGGUGGGUGGGUGCAUGUUCAUGAGAAUGUCGAUGUGCAGGGCAUCGAGGAGAAGAAGGACGAGGUCACCGCGGAAUUGGGGAGGCUGCGAGUGGAAGUCUUAGAAGUAGAGGCCAAAAAGGUGGCUGCUGCUGCUGCUAGGUGUCGGCAUGUUGAGCAGGUCAAGACUUAUGCGCCGGGGGUGAUGCAUUGCGUCUUCGAUGUGCGGUUAUCUUCAAGAGAAGAGAUAGAAGCCUCCGACACUCGUGGCAAAUGA